UUCGUGUUACGUUUUGCUCAUAUAUGUUUUUCUUUUGAAUGGAUUCCUUUUAUUUACAUUAAGGAAUUAGACAAACAAGCUAUCCUAGUUAUUAUUUUAUGCACUGCAAUGGAAACACCUACAACGACAACCCGAAAACGGAAGGCGGUUGCUAAACAAGAGCCAUCGCCGAGUAAAAAACUUAAGACUGAUAAAAAUGAAACUUUUAAGGUCCCAGCAAAACCUGACUCUAAACCCAAAACGGCAGCUAGAUCGAAGAAAAUAGAAACAGUAUCAGAUCAAUCAGAUGACGAUGGACAUGAAUAUACCGAACAUAUUGUCACAUGGGAUGAGGCAGAGGUGUUAUCUCAGGUUGAGAAGGUGCCACUGUACUUGGCUAAAAGUUUUGUUUCUCUCCUAGGCUUAGGGUGUACUCUACCCUUUAUUUGCAGAUAUAGAAAAGCUGAAGUGGACUACUUAAGGCCCGAUCGGCUUCAAGAACUUUUUGAAAGCUACCAAAACAUUACUACUUUAAAAAAGAAAACCAAAACUGUAAUGGAGACAUUGAGAAAAUCUAAGAAAUUGACACCAGAUGUUCAACGAAGUCUUUUGAAUGCUCGGAAUCUAUCAGAAAUUGAUUUAGUGUAUGCCCCAUUAAAAACCCACUCCUUAUCACUAGCGGAAAAAGCGCGUAAUCUAGGCUUAGAGCCUUAUGCCAUGAAGCUGCUCAAUGGAGAGUAUGUGGAUCUAUGGACAUUGUGCACUCAUAAUGAGGAGUUGUCAUCAGUGGACAAAGUGGAGACGCAUGUGACGCACAUCAUUGCUGAUGUUAUUUAUAAGGAUACAAGAGUUAUUGAGCAGAUGAGAAAAUUGAAAGAGGAAACCAGAUUCACAAUCCAAACCAACCGUACCAAAAGCUCAACAAAACCAAAGGAAAAUGAGAAUAAUAAAGUGGACACCAAAUCUGACCCUGACACUUACAAAGUGUAUUUUGAGUGGAAGUGCCCGGUGCAGUUCGUCAAACCACAUCAGACCUUGGCAGUUAAUAGAGGAGAAGACGAAAAAAUACUUAGUGUUAAAAUAGUGGUACCUGAUUGGUUUCAUCAGAAGCUGGAGAGAUUCUGUUUAACAUUAUGGAACAGCAAUCACUGGGUACACAAAGGUCUAGAAGACGCGUACAACCGCCUUAUCAAGCCAUGGCUAUCAAGGAAAGUUAGAACGGAUCUGACCACCGAAGCACAUAAAGAGGCUGUGAAGACUUUUACAAGUAAUCUGGAGAAGUAUCUGUUGACUGAGCCCGUGAAGAAUAGGAGGAUUGCAGGGUUAGAUCCUGGGUUCAAAGCAGGUUGUAAGAUAGGCAUCAUAGAUUCAGAUGGAGAAAAGUUAGAGGCGUGUACUAUUCAUCCAAAUUUAAGACAGAAUAUGAAGUUUGAUCCUGCCGCUGCACAAUUAAGAAAUCUAUUAAGUAAACACAAUGUGGAAUUAAUCGGCUUAGGAAACGGCACGGCCUGCCGCGAAACCGAAUCGUGGCUCAAAUAUCACCGUAUAUCGGACUCCAUUCCUGUCAUUAUCGUGCCGGAGCAAGGUGCAUCGAUUUAUUCCAUUAGCAAGGAGGCCCAAAAGGAGCACCCAGAUAUGGACGACCCUAACCUCAUAUCGGCAUUGUCUAUCGCUAGAAGAGUACUAGAUCCCCUAGGAGAGCUUAUCAAAGUGGACCCAAAAAAUCUCGGCGUAGGCCUUUACCAGCACGAUAUACCGCCAAAGAUGUUGGAUACAGCGCUGGAUUGCGCCGUUGAGACGAUCGUCAGCUUGGUUGGUGUGUUACUAAGGCGAAUAUCGGGACUGAACGAGGGCCGAGCUAAAAAACUAAUUGCCUACCGCAAAGACAACGGAGGGUUCACAACGAGGGCCGAAAUACUCAAAGUGACGGGCAUCGGCAAAAUCACGUUCCAACAAUGUGCCGGCUUCCUGAAGGUUAUCGGGGGGAGUGAGCCUCUCGAUUCCACCAUUAUACAUCCGGAGAGUUAUGGUGUUGCGAAAUUAUUCGCAAAGAAACUCAGCAUUGACAUCAAACAACUAUCCCAAUCACAUUUCGCCGUACUAGUUGAAAGGAAGACCUCAAACCUCGACAUCAGCUCUCUCAGUAAAGAGCUAAAAACCGACGCGGGCACUCUGGAGCUCAUAGUAAAUGCUUUUAAACAGAAGCCGCAUGAGGACAAUAUUAUUGUAUUCUGCAAGCCUGUGUACUCUAUGGCUAUUCAAGCAACAGAUGAGCUGAAGGAAGGUCAAACUUUGACAGGAGUCGUACGCAACGUGGUUCCAUUCGGCUGCUUCGUCGACUGCGGUUUCAAAGACAACGGCCUCAUCCACAGAAGCAACCUCGGUGGCAACCAAACACCAAAACUGGGUGACCGUGUAAAAGUCACCGUCAUCGCUUCGCCCAAACCGAAAAAGAUACAACUGAGACUGGAGAAAAUUCUUGACUGAAACCUUAAGGUAUAUUGUUUUGUCCCAUUCCUGACGAUUGUGAUAUAGUUUAAGAAUUAUUGUUGAAUGUUAAAGAAUAAAUUGAUUAUUAUUGUCAA